UUCAUCUUCUUCCUCAAUUCAAAUUCAAAUUUCAAAAAGAGAGAGAGAAUCAUUCAAUUACAGAUGAACGGAAAACAUUCGAAAAUGGAAAAUUCCGCUCCUACUGUUCCAGGAAAAAAAUUACUCCCAUCGAAGCCAAGAAUCGCCCGUCUUCCAAUCCAACCUCCAAGAAAAAAUCUCACAGAUCCACCACUCCAGAGACAAGUUUUCGGCACUACCAGAAACCCUAAUCUUCCGAUUAAGCCACCUCCAGAGAAGAUUCGAAUCAGAAAAGCGCCGAUCCGUAACGUCAAGAGAAACCCAGAAGAGAAAAUUAAGAAAGAAUCAUCCCCAGAAGAGAAAAUUAAGAAAGAAUCAUCCCCAGAUUCCCCUCCACGAACCCCAGUAACAAUAGUAAGUUGUUCUAAACCUAAUCUUCUAUCAUCAGGAACAACUCCAUAUUACAGUGGAGAGAUCUGUAAUAAAUCAUGGAUAGAAAGAAUGGAGAUGGCUUCGUAUUGGGUUAAUCAGAUUAAAUUAGCGGAGGUUUCUGGGAAGGAUUUUGUUUCGGUUGCUUUCUUUAAACUUGCAUUGGAAUCAAAAGCAGAGCCUAUUGAGAAUCUUCGAGAUGAGCUGAAACAGUAUUUGUUGAGAAAUGAGAGAUUGUGCAGUGAAGAUCAAUGGAAAGAUGUUUUAAACAUGUAUGGAUUGUCAUUGGAAGAUAUGAUGAAACUGAAGGAGGUGAAGGAGGAAGAAGAAGGUAAAGAGGGAUGAGAUUUAUGAUUUAGAUGAGAAAUGUUCAUCAAAGUUUCUUUAUUUUGAGAAGUUAGGAAUAAAUGUUGAAGAAAGAUAGGAUUUUUAUUAUCAUUUGGAAAUUGGAAUGUUUGCAAACUAAUUGAAAGCCUAUAUUGAAUUUCUCUAUGUCUUGUGCAAAA